AUGGUCCGCUGGGUACACACCCACGUCUUCGAGGACAGCUUGCACGCCUCGUGGAGCGAGCGCGCCUCCUCUGGCGCCCACGCCAACCUGUCCGACUCGCGUGCAGCCGGCCGGCGAGCGCCUCGCGGCAGCGGCUCUGGCGGCCUGCGUUGUGCGCGAGUCCUGCGCACGAACCUCCCGGCGCAUGGCUCGCUGCAGCUCCGCGCCGCCGGUCCGAUGAGGCACGGCCCUAUGGUCGUCUCCAUGCGCGUGCACCUCCCAACCGCCGCCGGCUGCGCGGCGUGCUCACGUGCCGGCUGCCUCCAACGCCCAGGGUGGCGUUGUGGCGGCGACGCCUGCCUCUCGCUACGCCGCUCGGGCCAGCGCGAGCAGGCUGCACGCUUCGCCCCGCUGUGCGCUUUUGGCGACGUCGGCCACGGCUGGUCGCGCAUCUCUGCUGGCGCCGGUCUCUUCGCCGGCGGCAGGGCCGGCGACGGCUUCGACGAGAUCGUGCUCCUCGCCGGCGCCCGCCCCGUCAUCCUCUCGCUCGACGACCACGCGCGCGCGGGAGGUGCAGCGCUGCCGCUGUGUGCGAUGGACGGGGACCACCUGCAAGGGCGCUGGCUGCGCAACUGCGAUCCGGCAGCCAUCCGGCGGCCCGAGAGGUAUGCGUACGGCUCGCCGCUCCCGCGCACAAACGGUUCGUGGGACUACCGGCUGUGCUCGCGCAUGGGCUACGCGCAGCGGGCGCGCACGCGCGAGGCGCUCGCUUGGAGCUGGGUGCCCGACCAGUGUGCGCUGCGGCAGGUAGACGGAGCCGAGUUUGGCGCAUGGCUCGCGGGCCGGCGGCUGCUGUUCUGGGGCGACUCCCUCUCGGGCCAGGCCUUCUACUCGCUCCUCUUCUCGCUCGGCGCCGAGGUGGAGCGGGUGCUGGGUCACGCGCCGAUGGUGGACGAGCUGCGCCGGCCGCUCUCCGCGCCUUGGGCGUGGUGGGAGCCGCUGCUGCGCCGCGCCGACAUCGUCGUGGCGAAUGUGGGCCACCACUACCGCGCGCUCGACGGGCGCUACGCCCGCUACGGCGCGAUGGUCCGCGCCGCUCUCGCACGUUUUGACGCACGCAUGCCGCCGCACGCGCACCUCGUCUUCCGCACGUCCAACAUCGGGCACUUGGGGUGCGAGCGCGCCGCCGCGCCGCUGCCCUCGCGGGCCGCUGCAUGGAGCGCAUUGGGUGGUUGGGAGUGGUCUGCGCCGCCCUUCCAGCCUGAGUACUUUGGCCAGGCUCGUGCGGGCGUGGCGGACGUGUACGAUUGGCGCGCUCCGCCGUCGCACGAGUCGCUCUGGGCCACCCUCGCUGCCAGCGCGGCGGGUGGCGGCUUGCGAGGCCGCAUCGCGCUGCUCAACGUCUCCCACCUCGAUCUGCGCGCUGACGGCCACGUGGCGGAUGCGAUGGGGCUGCACGCCGACGCCAGCAAGGCGGCCAAGCCGCCCGAUUGCCUCCACUAUUGCUUGCCCGGCCCGGCGGACGCGUGGGCGCACGCAAUCUACAACCUGCUCCUCAAUAACCCGCGUUAUAGACGGCGGAGGAGCCGCACGGAGCGACCGACCAGCGGCCUGUGCAAAAAGCUAAAGGACGAGCCGAACGUAUCGCCGCACUCGGGCUUUGGAUCCGCACAGCGGAGCUCAUCCCGGCCGACUCGCGAACUCCUGAAGCUUUUCGGUGCCAGCUUGCAGCUGCACCCGUGCGUUUUGAUGGAGUCAACGUGGUCAGAGGUCACAGUCGCAGGCCGUUGCAUUCACCUGCUUACGCCAACAGCACAGUCCAUUGCUUCAGAAGUUGGUGCAGCUGACAUCGAUGGACCUGGCGAUGCCGAGCUCCACACGUGGGCAGUGCCGUGGGAGUCAGGCCUAUUUGCGCAGAUGGCACUCUGGGAUCUGUCCAACCUCGAUGUGACUGACCUCGGUUGCGGUCUCGGUCUUGCUGGUUGCUUUGCUAGCCUGCAGGGUGCGCGCUCCGUCCUCUUUGCUGACCGCUGCGAGGCCGCGGUCCGCUGCGCCCUUCGCUCCGCUGCCGCUUGCCCUGGCGGCGCCACAUGCAACGAGGUGCUAUACACUGCCACAGCCGUCGAGCAGCUCACAACGCUCGUGCUAUCGCCUGCGCUGCGUCCAAACGGCAUCGCAGUCUUUUGUGGCUGCGACCGUGGCUUGUGGGAUCGUCUCGAGGACUCCCUCACAGCGGCCGGCCUGCACGUGCAGUGCCUCAACGGGUUCGUAGAAGGAGCUGAGGAGCGUCGCAAUCAGACCGGAGGCGUGGCUGGAAACGCCCCGGCGGCGGCCUUGGCAGAGCGCUUGGAAGGCUUGGAGCACGCGCGAGCGAGCUGCGGCGCCGAGCAUGCCUCGUGGAUGGUCGAAGCUGUGGUCUGUGCCUCGUACUUGCCGAACCUUGCCGCUGCCGAGCUCGGUGCCCCGCUGCGAGCCUUUUGUGCGUGCCUGAUGGACGAGGUGCAGCAGCUCAUGCACGAGCCUCUCCAAGCACUCGGCGCUGCACUCGCGGCGUCGGUGACGACGCGUGGCCUGCGGCUGCAGCUUCAUACCAUUCUCACAGUCUCGCGCACGCCAGCUGAGGCCGAGUACCGUCACGAGCUUCUGCACGCCGACGCCUUCGACGGCACUGUGCUCGCGCUGGCCUUCUUGUGCUCCAAAAUGGGGACCCGCCUCUUCCCGAACGCACGCUUCGUCGAGCCGCCGCUCGAGCAGUUCCUGCGAGGUGGGUUGGCCGAGGGCACCAUACCAUACCCCGGAAAAAAGCUGCCGCAUGAGCUGCUGCUGCGUGUGCUCGAGAGCGUCGACGACUUCUCCGACUGCGCCGCCUUCAGCCUCGCGACGCCGCGCCUGGCCUCCUCGCCCAUCGCCGUGGGCUCGCGCGGUUCGUGGACCUACGAUUCGCCAUUGCGAUGA